AUGUUUGCUAUUGGAGUUCCACAAAGCACGGAGUUCGCUUUUGAUGUUGGAGAAUUGGAUGAUGGAGAGAGACCGAGAGCAGGAUGGAAUGGAAUUAAAUUUGCGGGACAAACAAAGAAGACGGCCCUCGACAGAGCAGACCACUCAGUCAACAUGGAGUCCUCCGUUCCAGGGUACCAAUGGAACCAUAUUACUAAUUUCCAAUAA